AUGGCCGCCGCGUCGUAGCAGCGUCCGGCGAAGCUGAUUGGUCGAACGCGUCAGGGCGUUUCAUUUUAAUUGGUCGACGACCGAUGCCCGGUGUCCGGGUAAGAUGGCGUCGGAAGAGCAGUGCUCGGCACCACCUCGAUGGCGGUCGAUAUCCUUAACCCACGUAGAGUAUCCGGCUGGUGAUCUGACGGGGCAGGUAUUGGCCUGCAUGAGCCUGUUGCCCAUCGCGAUCCUCGUCGGAUUCGUCACUCUGAUCGUCUUUAAGCGAGAGCUACAUACGAUCUCUUUUUUUGGGGGUUUGAUCAUGAAUGAGGGGUUAAACUGGCUGCUCAAACACAUUCUACAGGAGCCUCGGCCACGUGGAGGAGGUCACACCUCAGUCACCACAGAGUACGGGAUGCCUUCCAGUCACUCUCAGUUCAUCUGGUUUUUUGUUGUAUACUUUUUUCUUUUUCUUUAUUUAAGAAUGCAUCAGACGAACAAUGCCAGGUGUGUUGAACUGUUAUGGCGGCAUAUACUGUCCGUCAUUCUACUGGCCGUGGCUCUGUCCAUUUCAUACAGCAGAGUCUACCUCCUGUACCACACCUGGAGUCAGGUGAUUUAUGGGGGUGUGGCUGGGAUGGUGAUGGGAGUGGUUUGGUUUUUUAUCACCCAAGAGGUGCUAACGCCACUCUUUCCCAAGAUAGCAGCCUGGCCAAUCUCAGAGUUUUUUCUGGUGAGAGAUACAAGUCUCAUUCCCAACAUCCUGUGGUUUGAAUACACCGUAACCAGAUCAGAAGCCAGAAACAGACAACGAAAGCUGGGAACGAAGCUUCAGUGAAAACUGACAGAAAGGACCACACACACACACACACACACACACACACACACACACACACACACACACACACACACACACACUGGAGUUUCAUAGUCUGGACUGUUCUGGUUGAUGUGAACGCGCUGAACAGUGUACUUGUGGACCAAAGGAGCGAGUUUGUAUCGCAGACCGUUAUCACAUGACCCAACCGUUCGCACGACAACAUGGCCUUCUCCUCCCCCCGUCCUUAGGCUGCCCCUGCGCUCCUAAUGCAUGCGGACCGUGCAAGAGAAAAAACCUAUUUAAUGACAAAUGUAAUAUAUAUUUUAUUCAUUACCAUUCACAGGGAAGAUCGGCGUGAAGUGGUGGAAGUGAAUGAAAGAAAGUUUUACGACGCGACAAACUUAUCAGCAUGGCAUUACUUUUAUUUAAACGACGCGUUAAAGGACCAGGGACAGGAAUGCUGGGUAAUAAACACAGGAGAGGAGGAGGAGGGGAGGAAUGCAGACACAAAUGCAACACGGAUGAGGGUGGGGGGAUGAAAAUUGCUUUUGCUCGUUUGUAUAUCUUAAAAGACACACAUACUCAUCGCAAAAUAUGUCCAGGUCACAUUUCACCCCAAAAUAAUGAAAAUGAAAUGUAAGCCUAUUUUUAGGGCAUUUUUGUUUGCAUUUGUGACAUUUUCAUGAGGGGUAAGAAUGUUAUUUUCAAUUUCUCAUUAACGUCAUGUGUCCAGACAUUGUUUUUUUUUGUCAUGAAAAUUGUUACCAUGUAAAAACUCUUAAUGGUUUCACUUUCUUUUGGCAAAAUAUUUAUUUUUCAAUUUUGAGGUGAAACACGAGGUGAUUCUGCGACGGAAUUGGGAGGAAAAAAAAAUGCAAAUUUUUAUCAUUCUGACUUUUUUUUUUCUAAGAAUUGCAUGUUUACAUCUCACAGUUCAGACUUUUUUGUACAAAUGAUUAAAUUGAGUUUAUACCUCGCAAUUUUGCCUUUUUUUUUUUUUUUUUUUGUUACUUGAAAUCUUAGAGCCCUGACUUUUUUUCUAAGAAUUGCAAGUUUAUAUCUGACAACUCAAGUUUACAUCAGACAGUUCUCCCUCUUUUCUUGCAUCUCUGACUUUUUCGUUUUGCAAGGAAACUGAAAAAGGAAUUGCAAGGAAAAAGUUGGAAAUACCAUUUUAUUUGUUUUGUUCUGUGGCGGAAACGGGCUUCUGUAGAAACGUGACCCUGGCAUGUUCUUGACAGGUUAUUCACCUUAGAUUCCUGUUAAAACAUGUAAUGUAAACUAAAAUAAUUUGCACUUUGUGAAUUUGACUUUUAAACAAAUCUCAUUAACACUAUUUUUUUUUUUUUUUUUUUAAAUAGUUUUUGUCUUUGCUGGCCCUUUUUGUUUUAAAGUUUGUCCACUGUCAGUCUGUCCGCCCCCCCCCCCCCCCCCCAGGUUAAUUUUUGCAUUUGAAUGUCUCGAGCAUGAAGGCAUUGCAGAACAUGGUGUUGUUACAACUAGUUCCAGAUUUGUUUGUCUGAAGUGGUGCUGGGAACAAAAUUAGGUCAUGGGAACAAAUUUAGUGCCUGUUAUUAGUCAAAAUGAUGUUGCACUUUUGUUUCAACCCCAUUUGCAUUGUUAUGUUAGACUUGUGAUCUGAUAACACAUUUUUCAGAUUUAUUGGGCUUUAAGUCAGCUGAUGGCUCCACUGCACAAUGUUUGUUUCCAUGUGCACAUGACAUGCAGAAAUAAUUAAAACAUCAUUCCUUUUUUUUUUUAUUAAUACUAAUCAACAUCUCAAAAGAUGCCGUUCUGACAGGAAAAAUAAUGCUCAGCUUUUUAUAUUAACAUUUAUUGUAUUUCUCUUUUUUUUUUUUUUUUCUAUUUCUGACCCGUUUGAUGUGUGCAGGAUGUCGGUUUUCACACCUGACCUCACUGCUCUGGUUUUCCCCAUAAUACCACUUUUGAGUAUUUAAGGACGCCUUUGCUACUGCUGCAACAUGAUUACAUGACAAAUGGUAAUACGAAAAGGACAAAAAAAAUAAUCAGAACCCAAACCUCAGGUGAACUCUAGCAUGUACCGAGGCGUUCUUUUAGGAUGAUGUAGAAACUGUCUGUGACGGGUGUUUAUAUAAAGGGAAGGGAGGUUAUUACAUAACUCGAAGAUGAUCCUCUCUUUUAUCAUGUGUAAUUCAUAUCAGGCUGAAUAAAAAACAAAACAUGUUUAUGUA